AUGGAUAGAUGGUUUGGUUCCUUGGUUAAUCAUGAUAUUUUUGCUCUUUUAUGUUUUGUGGCAACUUUAUUAGCCGCUCAAGAAGUGAAGGGAAAUGCUCUUGGAGAUGUAUUUGAAAAAAAAGUUGGGUUUAAGCAAAGAAACCAGAAUAGAAGAUGUGAUUUUUCUCAAGGGAGUUGGGUUAAAGAUGAUUCAUAUCCUCUUUAUAAUGAAAAGAGUUGUCCAUUCAUCGGUUUCAAUUGCUUGAACAAUGGCAGGCCUGAUAAGGACUACCUCCAAUAUAGAUGGAAACCCAAUGGUUGUGACCUUCCAAGGUUUGAUGGUAGAGAUUUCUUGGAGAGAUAUAGGGGAAAAAAGAUUAUGUUCGUUGGAGACUCCUUAAGUAACAAUAUGUGGCAGUCACUAACAUGCAUGCUCUACAUGGCAACCCCACAUUCUAAUUAUACAUUGAGCACCACAAAGUUGCUUUCCGAAUUUUCAUUACCGGAUUAUGGACUCUCAGUCAUGUUUCUGAAAAAUGGAUUUUUGGUGGACAUGGUUUAUGAAAAAGAUAUGGGCAAAGUUCUAAAGUUGGAUUCUAUAAGCAGUGCCAAACAAUGGAUAGGUGUAGACAUGUUGAUUUUCAACACCUUCCAUUGGUGGACUCAUUCUGGACGCUCUAAAACAUGGGAUUACUUUCAAGUGGGAAACAAGGUGGUGAAAGAAAUGGAUCGGAUGUUGGCUUUUAGGACAGCAUUAACAACUUGGGCUAAAUGGGUCAAUUCCAACAUUGACCCUUCAAAAACUAUAGUGUUUUAUCAAGGAGUUUCUGCGGUUCAUCAAAAUGGCACCGAAUGGAAUGAUCCAAAGGCAAAGAAUUGUAAUGGACAAACUCAACCAGUUAUGGGAUCAAAGUAUCCAGGCACUACUAGCCAUCCAGGAGAAGAAAUUGUAAAGAGUGUAUUAAGUUCCCUGAGAGAUCAAGCCUAUUUGCUGGACAUUACAUUGCUAACACAGCUAAGAAAAGAUGGUCAUCCUUCGAUUUAUGCCACCAAGGACCGCGCAUUUGUCGACUGCAGCCACUGGUGCCUACCCGGUGUUCCUGAUACUUGGAAUGAAAUCUUAUAUGCUGUUUUGCUUAACAGUAAUAUUUUGCUUUGA